CUUGAAGCCGAACACGGAGCAAGGGUUUCGCCAGGUCCACGGCCAUUCUCAAGGGCCUGAACAGAGUACUCGGACAUCGUCUCGCUCGGAAUCAAGGCGAAAGGAUCCUGCAUCCGCAUCUCCGCUCUGCGUCUCUACUUUCCUGCCGUUCUGCACAGUGCAAAGUUUCUCCACUUUGAGUCACAUAGAUCUAAAAUCCACCACCAUCAGCGUCUCACCAGGACCGCUGACCGCAACCUUCCACAGAAGCAAUGUCUCUCACCAACGCAACCCCGCUAGAAGUUGCGCAGGCCGCCCAAUUGGGCUCCAGGAAACUCGCCGUCCUGUCCACCGAGGACCGCAAUGCCGCCUUGACGGCUAUUCACCAGGCCCUCGCCGACGCAAAGGACGAAGUGCUUGCAGCUAAUCGGAAGGACCUGGAGGCGGCCAACAAGGCUGCCGCCGGGGGACAACUCAGCCAGAGUUUGAUCAAGAGGUUGGAUUUGGGCAAGCCCGGAAAGUAUGAAGAUAUGUUGCAGGGUAUCUUGGAUGUGCGCGAGUUGGAGGAUCCUAUAAACCGCACUACUGCCCGCACCCUCCUGGACACCGAUCUCACUCUCACACGCGUCACCUGUCCCAUCGGUGUUCUCCUCAUCAUAUUCGAAGCCCGCCCUGAAGUUAUCGCCAACAUCUCCGCCUUGGCUCUCAAAUCCGGCAAUGCAGCUAUCCUCAAAGGCGGCCGCGAAUCAUCCAACUCCUUUGCCGCCAUUGCAUCCAUUAUUUCCCGUGCGCUACAGUCUACUGCUGUCCCGAGCGAUUGCCUGCAACUCGUCCAAACGCACGAUGUAAUCAAGGACCUUCUCGCGCUUGACAUGUACAUCGAUCUCUGCAUUCCUAGAGGCGGCAAUAAACUGGUACGAUUCGUCAAGAGCUCGACCGCGAUUCCUGUGCUCGGCCAUGCAGACGGCAUCUGUUCAACAUAUCUGUGUGCAGACUACCCUGUCGAGAAAGCAAUCAGGAUUCUCGUUGACGCCAAGACGAGUUACCCCGCUGGUUGCAACGCUGUGGAGCAGCUUCUAGUCGACGAAGAUGCUUUGGGUCGGACAUUCCCCGCCGUUGCGAAGGCGCUGCUAGAGAAGGGCGUCUCGCUGCGAUGCGACGAGGCAUCUCUAGCUGCCCUUGAGAAUGCCAACAUUGGCGACAAGACCAGCGUCCAGGGCGCCACGGAUGCCGACUUCCAUACCGAGUUCUUAGACCUCAUCCUCGCAGUCAAGUCUAUCAAGGGAGUCGAGGAGGCGAUAUCACAUAUCAACGCGCACUCUUCCCACCACACCGAUGCCAUCCUUACGCUGAAUGAAGACGUUGCGAAUGCGUUCCUCGCCGGUGUGGACUCUAGCAGCGUCUACUGGAAUACCUCGACUAGGAUGGCGGAUGGCCAGCGUUAUGGCUUCGGCACCGAGGUUGGCAUCUCGACGAACAAGAUUCAUAGCAGAGGCCCUGUGGGGCUGGAAGGUUUGACGAUCUACAAGUGGGUGAUUAAGGGAGAUGGACAGGUUAGUGCUGACUAUGGAGCUGGAGAGGGAAAGAGGAGAUGGAAGCAUGAAAGGUUGCCCGUUUCGGAGGGUGACGAAGUGGCGAGGUCCGAGGAGGAGAAAGAAGUGUUGAGGAGAUUCAGGACGGGUGAGAUUAGACUAUAGCUAUACCACAGUAAUCGGUUUCAAUCUCCUACCUUGAAAGGGUAAACUUCUAUGAAUAGUUUGGCAGAGUAAAGAGACACCAAAAGUUCUGCUCUUAUGGAGGCGGAGCAUGCAAAUAUCUGCA